AUGAGUGCCCCGCGUCGCACAUCGGCCACACAGCCGCUUCCGGAGCCGGAGAUGAGCAGUGUUUCCAGUGGUAUCACUCUACCACGAUACAAUGUUCCACGCCCCCAGUCGCCCUCAAGACCGCCUCCUGCAGUCUCCUCGAGGCAUGUGGAGACCACAGGUCCCUUGUCGGCGCCGCCAUCACCUCACGACGAUGAAGACUCUCCGUCUUGGACCCCUCGCUACGCCAGCUACGGGAAACUUUCCCAAUUUGUGCCCAUGACACCAGAUCCCGUGGGCUCACCGAGGCCGCAGGUAACCAACACCGACUCCCAGUCCCUGGCUCGUAUGGAGCUUGCAUUGGGCGACGCGAACUCAAAGAUUGAUGUCCUUCGAGACGAGGUUAAGACAUUGGAAAAGGAUCUAGUUGGUCGGCAAGACCGUUUAGAAAAAGCGGAAGAGUCUGCGCGAGUCGCUGAGGAGGCUGUUCGAGAGGCACGGGCUGAGCGGGACAAGCUUCACGGGCGUGUCCGGGAGCUAAAUAAGCAAAUCGAACAAGAUCGCCGAAGCUAUAAGGAAAAAGAAGGCGAAGUGAAGGACCUCACAGCGACGUUGGAAAGUAAAGAGGGUGUCCUAAAGCUAGCCGUGUCCGAGCGUGAUGCAUUGAGAAUAUCUAGAACCGAACUAUUAGCAGCUAAUGCUCACCUUGAACCGGCGAAACGGGAGAUAGAGACGUUGAAGGAGGACCUGGAGCAAGCUCGGCAGGAUCUCGAAAAGGCUAGAGCGGACGCUGAGCAAGCCCUCGAACGUGUACGGGCCCUCGAGUCCGCAUGUAUCGACGCAGAGGGUGAUGCACAGCCCUCCGAGACUAUGGCUCAAGAGAUGGGUAUCUUUGGCACCGGCAUCACCGAUUUCCCCGGCGCAUCCGCCAGCUGGGAAGGUCAUAACCUCCAGGAGUUUGAUACCGAGGAUGACUGGAAUUCAGUCCCGACACCCUCCUCUCCACUGACGCUUGAACCCCAUUCAGGAAUCCGCGAGGAAGUUGAUUCUACGGUACAACCAGUAGACACGCAAGCAGACGUGGCGGGUCUACAAGCCCUCGUAAAGCAUCUUGAAGGCGAGCUUGACCGGAUGACAUUAUCGUCGGAUCGCCAUAUGCGACUGGGCGAGCUUCACGAGAAGAUCAGCGAUAUGAGGCGCACCAUGCUGGAGCGGGCUCGUGGGCUGUUGGAUGAAUUUCGCAAGAUUCGACCGCCUAGUAGACAACAACAGGUGGACGCAAGGCCCGAUAGCACACAGAAUCUCGAGUCUCCUGCUAUUGCUUCAAGCGAGUCGCCGAUCAGCACAACGGCCACUGAGCGAUCUCAUAACACGCGUGGCGUCCAGACGCAACCAGACGUCGUAAUGGCGAUAGGCGAAGGUGGAGACACGGUUACAAGCGGUCUCUUCAUGGCGCAUACAAAGCCAGUCGGAAAAGUGCCUCUUGGCGACAGAGACAUGCACGGUCCGCCCUCCAAACGGCAUACUGUGGCCCCAGUGAAUGCAGCUAAGCCAGUACGCAUCGAAAGCAUAUGGUCGUCUGCUCUAUCGGGGUUCUGUUGGGCUCUCGUAGCCCUUCUAGCGUUGAUACUUCGGAGCCAGGCGAAGAAUGGAGCUUAUGCGUGGGCUGUGGCCGUAAUAUCCGAGGAGUUGUAG